CAUGCGUAUCUACCAGGCUAGCUAAUCGGUUUCUUAGAUAUUCCACGGUGUAUAAAUAUGCCCUUCAAAGUAAGACCAUUGUUCAGUACUGUUCGGGUUAAACGUGGUAAUCUAUCAAAUCAAACAUGAAAUUCUUCCUCGCCAUUAUGGCGUGCCUGGCCGUUUCACAGGCCGCCACGCUCAACUUCCAAAGCCCGAUGACGAUGCGUGAUGCUCAAGCAUCGGACAGAAGCUUCACCCGUAUCGUCAAUGGAUUCCCGGCGACCCUUGGCCAGUUCCCGUACCAGGUGUUCCUACGUGGAUUCAACGCUGCUGGCGGUGCCUUGGCCUGUGGAGGUUCACUCAUCUCGAACGAAUGGGUCCUGACUGCUGCCCAUUGCAUCACCGGAGUCGUCCGGUUCGAAAUUCCCAUGGGAACAAUCAAUUUCAACUCGCCCGCAGUUUUGGGAACCUCCACCACGUUUAUCAUCCACCCGCAGUACAACCCGAACAAUCUGAACAACGACAUUGGUCUGAUCCGUUUGGCCACCCCAGUUACAUUCACCCAAAACAUCCAAAGCAUCGCCCUGCCCUCGGCCGACCGCACCGGAGAAACCUUCGUCGAUCGUCAGGCUGUCGUGUCCGGAUUCGGCCGCACUAGCGAUGCCCCUGGCAGCGGAGUGUCCCCCACGUUGAACUGGGUUGGAAUUCGCAUCAUCUCGAACGCUCAGUGCAUGCUCACCUACGGUUCGUCGGUUGUCGUUGGAUCGACCGUCUGUGGACUGGGAGCUGAUACCAACAACCAGAGCACUUGCAACGGCGACUCCGGUGGCCCGCUGACCGUCCAGGAGAAUGGAAACAGCCUGCAGAUCGGUGUGGUUUCGUUCGUGUCUUCAGCUGGAUGCGCUUCCGGCCACCCAUCGGGAUACGUACGCACCACCCACUUCCGCACCUGGAUCAACCAGAACACCGGAAUCUAAGCUCGCCGUUGUACCUUUUAUCCCGAUGACGCCUUUCUGUGAUGAAUGUUUGUGUGGAAAUAAAAUGGAGUAAGAUUAUACUUUCGUGAAUUUA